AUGACAUUCGUGUCUUUGUCGGUAGCCUGGUCUAUCAUUUACCGAGAUCAUAGUUACUUUCUUACGGACUUGACAGGGACACAAAAAAUAAAAACGGUUGCAUUGAUUGGUACUCAUAAAUCUGCCACUUAUAAAACUUUUAUACUGGCGGCUCAAUCACAACAAUUGAACAUAACUGAACAAUUAAAAGCAGGUGUACGAGUAUUUGACCUUCGAGUACGUAGCAUUGAGAAUGUUUUUGCAAUGCAUCGUAAUCUCGUAUAUUUGAGAAUGAUGUGUGGUGAUAUAGUGAACCAAGUGAUAGAAUUUUUUAAAGAAUAUCCAUUCGAAUUUGUGAUAAUGUUUAUGCAAAAGGAGUAUGUUAGUGAAGCGUACACAAUAACAGAAUGUGAAAUCCUAGAAAACAAAUACAUUAAGCCACUUGGUAAUCUGUUUGUACAAUUUUGGUCAGUCACUGACACUACUGAAAAAUAUCGGGGUAAAAUUUUAUGGGCUUGUGGUAAUAGGGGCUAUGGGAAAUGUGUGGCGACUUUGGCUUGCGAGCAGCAAAAUCAAUAG